CCUACCCUUAGGAAUAUGAAAGGAUUAUCUGGUAGUCGGAACCAGUCACAGUUAUGCGCUGGUCAUACUUGUGGCCUGGCAUCCCCUGAGGAUUGUGAACAUGUACAUGACCAUGGGCACCAUGGACAAGAACCUAGGCAAUCAUAUCUACUUAGCCCAACGGAGAGCUGUCCGAUGGAUCACCACCGGUGUUCUCCGCGGAGUUCCAUCCACUCAGAAUGCAUGAUGAUGCCUGUGAUGAUGAGUGAUCAUAUGUCAAGUAGCACUUUUCCAAGAAUGCACUAUAGUUCCCAUUUUGAAACUCGAGACGACUGUGCUGUCUCACAUACUAGUAGUAGUAAAAUAAACCGAAUCCCAGCAAACUUACUGGAUCAGUUUGAAAAACAGCUUCCUUUGCACCGAGAUGGAUUUCAUACGUUACAGUACCAGAAGACAUCCACUGCUACAGAACAGCGAACGGAAAGUCCAGGGAGAAUACGUCAUCUUGUUCAUUCUGUACAGAAACUUUUUACUAAGUCUCACUCUUUAGAAGGGUCAUCAAAAGGUAAUGUUAAUGGGACAAAAGGAGACAGUCGCGGUGAUGAUCACCAUCAUGGCCAUUACUCAAAACAUAGUAAAAGGAGUAAAAGUAAGGAACGGAAACCUGACAACAAGCAAAAAACUGGGAUGACAGGAUGGUGGAGUUCAGAUGAUAAUUUGGAUAGUGAUAGCACUUAUAGAACACCUAGUGUAAUGAAUAGGCAUGUAGAUCAUAUAUCUCAUUGCUAUCCUGAAUCUCUGCAGGGACAUUUUGGAGAUCUUUCCCUGAAGACCUCUAAGAGUAACAAUGACAUGAAAUGCUCGGCUUGUGAAGGACUUUCAAUGACACCUGAAGGUAAAUAUAUGAAAAGAAGUUCCUGGUCAACACUUACUGUUAGUCAAGCAAAAGAAGCCUAUCGGAAAUCAUCACUUAAUUUGGAUAAACCUCUUGUCCAUCAGGAAAUUAAAUCCUCCCUAAGACCGUGCCAUUACCUUCAGGUGCCUCAAGAUGAGUGGGCAGGGUAUCCCUCUGGUGGUAAAGAUGACGAGAUCCCUUGUCGAAGGAUGCGAAGUGGGAGUUAUAUAAAAGCCAUGGAGGAGGACAGUGGAGACUCUGACACAAGCCCUAAAACAUCCCCUAAAAUGUCAGCAAGGCCUGAACCACUACUGAAAUCUAUCAUGCAGAGAUCGCACGGAGAAGUACAAAACCAGAGUUACCUACAAGCAGCAAGUGAAAUGCCUGCGGGACAUGUCCUGGACCCAUCAGGAAACUAUAACUCUCCAAAAUUUCGUUCAAGGAACCAGAGCUACAUGAGAGCUGUCAGUACGCUUAGCCAGGCCAGCUGUGUCAGUCAGAUGAGUGAAACAGAAAUUAAUGGGCAAUAUGAGUCGGUAUGUGAGUCAGUGUUCAGUGAAGUUGAUUCACAUGCAAUGGAUGCUUUAGACCUUCCAGGAUGUUUCCGAACAAGAAGCCACAGUUACUUGCGAGCGAUACAGGCUGGCUAUUCCCAGGAUGAUGACUGUGUUCCUGCUAUGACAUCUUCCAAUGCCACCCCCAUUACUAGGUCGACAACAGCUAUAUCAUAUCCAAAUUAUAAGAAAACACCUCCGCCUGUACCCCCGCGCACAACCUCCAAACCGCUCAUCUCAGUGACAGCACAAAGCAGCACAGAAUCUACCCAGGAUGCCUAUCAUGAACGGACUCAAAGGAUGUCCCCAUGGCCUCUAGAUGGCCGGGGACUUUACAAUUCCACAGACAGCCUGGAUAGCAACAAGGCUAUGAACCUCGCCUUGGAGUCAGCUGCAGCACAGCGUCAUGCCUCAGAGAGUAAAAGCAGUUCUGUCCGGAGCACCAGUGACAAGGCUGUUCUAGUAAACAAGACAGAUGACUUCCCUAAAAAGUGCCGUUCCUCAAUUGGAAUCCAGGUGGAAGCAGCUGAUUCUGAUACAGAAAGCAAAGCAAGAGAAUAUCAUUCUGUUGGGGUGCAAGUGGAAGAUAUAAAAAGGCAAGGACGUUUCAAGAGGUCAAACAGUGUGACAGCAGCUGUACAAGCAGACCUUGAAUUAGAGGGCUUCCCAGGUCACAUCACCAUGGAGGAUAAAGGUCUCCAGUUUGGAUCUUCGUUUCAAAGACAUUCUGAACCUAGCACCCCAACUCAGUAUGGUGCAGUAAGAACAGUACGGACUCAGGGACUGUUUAGUUACAGAGAGGAUUAUAGGACCCCAGUGGACACAUCAAAUUUGCCACCACCAGACCCAUGGCUGGAGCCUGCUCAUGAACCGGUGGAUUCAGGCCGGAUAUCUCCUAGUCGACAAGAUGGCACAUGGUUUAUGAAGUUGCUCCAUGCAGAAACCAAAAGAAUGGAAGAAUGGUGUAAGGACAUGGAGAGGGAAGCAGAGGAGAAUGACCUUUCUGAAGAAAAUUUAGGUAAAAUCCGGAGUGCAGUGGGAAGCGCACAGCUGCUCAUGUCACAGAAGUUUCAGCAAUUUUAUUGGCUUUGUCAGCAAAAUCUGGAUCCAAGUGCUAUGCCCAGGCCAACAUCACAAGACUUAGCAGGAUUUUGGGAUUUGUUGCAGUUAUCCAUUGAAGACGUAAGCAUGAAGUUUGACAAGUUGCACCAGCUAAAAGCCAAUGAUUGGAAGCCAAUUGACUCUCCUAAUCAGGAUGAUAAGAAACCCCCACCUCCAAUACCAAAGAAACCUUCCAGGGGAAAAUUCCCCAUCACUCGAGAAAAGUCGCUGGACCUACCUGACAGACAAAGACAAGAAGCCAGAAGGCGGCUAAUGGCUGCAAAAAGAGCAGCCUCUUUCCGGCAAAAUUCAGCCAGCGAACGUGCAGACAGCAUUGAAAUAUAUAUACCUGAAGCCCAAACUAGGCUUUAA